AAUAAAUGACUUUGUGCUAUUAAAAGAUUUUUUCUUUUCCUUUUCUAUAUUUAUAAAUAAAUAUUUUAUUUUUCACCGGGACUUGAAUGAAGAAAUUGUCUCAAACAGCGCCCUUAAAAGUAAUUCAAAUAAAAGAUAAAGUCAGGCAACAACAAGAAGUUCAACUUCAUAUUCAUGAUCCUAUCUUUAUUCAUCAAAAAAGAAAUAAAAAAUUACAAUUAUUAAACCAAUUGAGUCAAUUAGAACUUUUAUUAGAAAAGAAGAAUAGACUCGAGAUUUGGAAAUCAAAAAGAGAAAUAAAGAACAUGGACUCCACAUUACAAAGACUUUAUCAAAUCGUAAGCAGGACUCAAGUCAGCACUCUACGACAAGACAUUUUAUUACAAGAUAAAGAGUUUAGAAUAAAGUUGAAACAACUUUACCCAAGAGUGUUUGUCUUAUUAUCAGAUGAUGAUUUUGGUCAGCAGCAGCAGUUACAACAAUACCAGUCACUUUCUCAUCUAAAUGAAUUAUAUGUUAUUGCUACUAGAUUUUAUUAUCAUUUAAAUUCAUCAAAUCAUCAAUAUAUUCCUUAUCAAUUAGCAUUAUUAUAUCAAUGUAUUAAUAGACAAGGAGUUCAUUUUAUCAAUUAUAAACUAAAGAUUGAACAAAGAUUUGAUAAAGUUAAACAAGUAACCAAAACGAAAGACGAUCAACUUGAAUCAAAUCAGAUUUCAUGGUUGAAAUCUUUAGCUUUAGACAUUAUUAUGCAAAUAAUAAUUAGUAUCUAUAAAUAUGAUACAUUUUUUAAUAACUAAAUUCCCGUGAAGUAAACUUUACUUGUUAUAAGAGAAACGACCGUGGAAAAAAAAAAGAAUUGUAUACUAU